AUGACAGACAUGACAUCCAAUGAUAUACCAGCCCUUUCAAAAGAGCACCCCACCGCUUCUAAUGCAGCCUCCAAUGUUGAGCAAAUCACUUUUAAACUUAAUGAUGGCACUAAAGAGCUCAUGCCUGCGAAGACCUAUCCUCGUGUCUAUGCUAGAGACACCACUGGUGGCCCAUCUUGCUUGACAUCACUUGAUGCAUUGGGCCCUGGUGCAAUGGCCAAAAUUUGUCAGUUGCCUCAAGGUUUGGUUGGCACUGAAUGUUUGAAUGGCUGUGUUGGUACCUCAAACACUCCUACCUUUGAGGACAUAAAGGCUAUCCUUGCCCUGCAUGAUCUUCCACAUGAUGUUGUCCAUGAGAUUCACUCUUGUGUUCUUCAAAGGGAAGGCUUCGAGGAAAUGCAGUGGGCACAUGUUCUUGAUGCUAACUUGGUGCUUGAGCCUAGAAAAUUGGCUCUUUUGUUUGCUAUGUAUAAUCUAGUCCUCCAUUUCAUCAUGGCACAUGGAAAGACAAGCAAAGUCAAGAAAGUCCGUCCCCAGCUUACAAUGUCUCAGAAGGCUGCACGUCAUGCAAAGUUUGCCGCACUCACUGAUGAUGUGAAUGGUGCUUGCGCAACCUACAUGGGCAAGGUUCAAGCCCUUUCCAGGAAACAUGGACAGUGA